AUGAUGCCCGCAACCACCCUAGGAGGCCGAAAUAGACAACGGAUGAAGUGGACUGACGAAAUAAAUAUCGAGUUACUCCGUUGCUAUUACACCGUCACUAACUUGGAGACCAAUCUUACCGCAUACAGACCAUUACUUCACCGAAUGUUCGUCCAAAAGUACCCAGAAUUAAAUUUCAUUACGGAACAACGACUAUCAGAUCAAAUACGAGUCAUACACAGAAAUAAUAGAAUACCUGCAACAGCAAGAGAAAAAAUAAAGAAAACCAUUGAAGAAAUAAUCAAUAGGGAAAAUAACGAACACAGUGAAAACACAACGCAAAAUACAUUAUUUACAAAUAUACAAGACAAUAAUACAACAGAAGAAGAGACAAAUACCGAUACACAGACAGCAAUGGCUCACUUAUACACACAGUACACACAAAACAGUUAUAAUACAGAGACUCUUAUUACAGAACAUCAAAUUACACCAUCACAACAGAUGAAUAUAGAAAAUGAAAACCACACACAACUUGAGUACGAAAAAAUAUAUACAACAUUUACAGAACUGUUAAUAAAAUUUAAAGGAACGGACCCAACACUCAGACCACAUAUCCCAAAAUUACAAACAUGUCGAAAAACUAUUAAAACGCUAAAACAGUCACAACACUACACA